CCCCUCCGCGAGCAUCCCUCGCCGUCUCCUCCAAUGAACGGCGCCGGUCCGUCCGAGCCCGCCUGGUAGCCGGGAUUACAGCCAAUCCGGAUGCCGCUUUUCGCCGCGGCCGGCACCUGCCGUCGGCCCCGCCCCUCUUCUCCCGUCUGAUCGGAGCCGCUGUAGUUGGGGGAGGAAGGUGCGGCGGGCGAUGCGGGCGAGGCCGGGGCUGCUGCUUCUCCUCAGCCUCUUCCCUGCGGCCUCCCCUCGGCGCCGGUUCUCCGUUGCCCAGGCGGCCCGGGGACGUCUUUGUCAGCGCUGCUGCUUCGUGAGGGGCUGGGAGGGAUGCUGAGGAGGAAGGGGAGAAAACCAGACGACAGAAAUCCAAACUGGAAGAAAACUUAGACCGAGGAACAAGUGCGGCAUUGAUGACUUAGGGAGAUGCUGAAGGGUGCACUUGUUUUGUGCAGUAACAUUAUUUCAGAGCGCUGACGACAGAAUGAAGAUCUCGGUUAUGUUUUUGGAACAUUAACCUUUUUUGUCUUUCACCGCCUGGCAUGUUUUCUGGCUCCUUGGGCCUGUUUUCAUGAGCGGUUCAUCUGUAACAGAAAAAUGCAGGAACCAAAUUCGGUGGAAACACCUAGCAGCGCAGGAGCCUCGAAGGGGGCGUUUUUAAAGCGCUUGUCAGCAGAGACGUGUGCCCUCUCGCUCCCCGAAACCACCGAGGGGGCUGACGGACACCUCAGCCAAAACCGAAAGCUCGGUGGCCUCUUUGAACAGGAAACGGCUCAAGGAACCCUUCCCAGUGAGGGUGGCAAAGGGGGAAAUUACGACCCCUCUCCGGACAGCCUUCCUGAUCCUUUCACUGCAGAAGCUGGCAGCACUUGGGGCGAUUUUGAAGGUUUCAGCGAGGUCAAGUUAGAGAACCAGAGCCACAUCCUGGAGCCUUUGGAGAAUUUAAACGGAGAACAAGCUUCUGCAAAAGGCACAGAUGUCAAUGAUAAUCACUGUACUACCUCAUGUGGGCAAAUCUGUUUCCAAACAGCUGGACAGAACAGAAGAGAGGUUUCCCCUAACGUUCUGAUAAAGGCUAGCCUGAGCUCUGAAGAUGUCAUUAAACGGAGCUUUCCAGAAGUUCCUGUACCACAGUUCUUGGAGAACAUAAGCGGCUUGAAUCAGAUGCUUGAUACAAACACAGAAGACGUGGGCGUUCCUGAACGUACAAAAAUUGAACCUUGCACAGAUUCUGGGGACUUGUGGAAACUUCUUACUCGUGCCAGGAACCUUUCUGGUUUGAGAUGUCCAUGGAAUGAAUCUCAUUGCCAGGAAAACCUUUUAGCCGUUCUUGGAAUAGAUGCUCAUCAAAAGGUCCUUCCAGAAGGCAAAGACGAUGUUGUAGAGAAGAGCAGCAUUAAAGAAAUGGAAGAUUCUAACAUCGACAAGUUCAGCAUCAGCAAUUGUAAAGCCCUCAUUCAAACCAAGCUUUCUGUAUCUCCUGAUCCAAGGCAGAGCCACCUCUUUACUUACAACCUAUUCUUGAAGAAGAUUCCAUCCGCCGGGAACACACAAUACAUAACAGUUCCCCAAAAGAAGAGGAUUUUUACGACGCAAAGCCUGAAGAUGAAAAUGUUCAGCAGCAACGUCUGCUAACGCAAAUCGUUAUCUGUUAUUUUUCAACUUAAAAGAAAACCGUGUAUCGCUUUGCUAACUUGAUCAUUUCCUAUUAGGACUCUGGGAAGGAAAGUACUCCAGCUGUGCAUUUCGCUUGACUGCAGACAGAUGUGGGUUAUCAGGCAGGGCCGGUCACAAUAAACCUGCCCAGAGUGCUGUAGGAAAGCAUGAAGGUCUGGUCUUUGAAGACAGAGGAUAUGCAAACUCCUGUCAUUAUGAACCACCUUUUGUGGACUGAUUGGCUCCCCCCACCCCCCAAAACAAAAAAACCUUUUCUACAUCCCA